UCGCGCAAACUUGGCUGCAAUUGGCACUUCCGCCUGCCCAGCCACUGCAGCAGGCCGGGAGGAUACAAAACCCAGAGGACGGCCGGUUGUCCUUGCCAGCAAGAAAGCCGGUUAGGCCUAUCCCCAACGUCGGGCUCCCGCGCCUGUCGACUCCGUCAGUGCCAAACCGCAAAGAUGAGCGCAGAAGACGACGCAUUCGAUGCCAUGGUCGAGGGCCUUGCCGAUAGCGUCACAACGCUCGAAGGCGACCUGAAGCCCCUGCUCGAGAACUUUGCCGAGAUCUCAUCCAAGCUCCCUGUCUUGGACCAGGCGAAACUCAAUGUCCUCCUCGCCUACUCUAUCGAGUCGCUGCUUUUCAGUGCACUGCGUUUGGAGGGCGUGGAUGCAAAGAACCACGACGUCUUCAAGGAGCUGACGCGGACGCGGCAGUACUUUGAGAAGAUCACCAAGGCCGAGACUCCCCCCGAGCCGCGACCUGAGAACGCCACCAUCAACAAGCAGGCGGCGAUCCGCUUCAUCCGGGCGGACCUGGCGGACGAGAACAACCGAGAGCUUUCCAACAACCUCAAGGAGCUCCUAGCCAAGGAGCGCGCAAAGGCGGUCAUUAGGAAACGCCGCGCUGCCGAGGAGGCCAGUCCGUCGGCCGACACUAGUGAUGCCAGCGGCAAGUCGGACUCCAAGGCGAAGCGGAAGAAGCACAGCAGCAAAGCCUCAAAGUAGACCGCUUAUCCUUUGAAUCCUACUCCAGGACUUGGCCGGCGAUGUAUGGGCGCUAAAAGCAUGGCUUUGGAUUAUUCUUUGGUUUAGUCGUAAUAUUGCUGGUUAUUCGAGAUACCCAUAGGUCUUUAAUACACCCAGGCCCGGCAUUCAUCAUGCGCCGGCCCACGCGCCGGCCCGCACACCUCGCCGUCCAAGAGAUGAGAUGGUAGAUGGUAUCACGUGAUGACGCCAGAUUCGAACUUAGGUUAACGCAGGACCG